UGAGAGUUGUCUUAAGUCAACAGGAGAAGGAGUCGCACGGACAGGACGCGCGCGCGCGCUCUCUCUCGACUGAUCGACUCUCGUCUCGUUGGGUAAAUUAAAGUAAUGGAAAAACCGGAAAAAGACCAGAAAUAGAUGUGAAAUAAGAAGGUGGAAAGCGAUGGUCGGAGAAGUUGGAGGGAAGGAGAAGCGCAUUUAACGGCCGUUCCAUAUGGAGAGGAUGGGGGAGACGCUCCGACCAUUUUCAGCAUUUUGGCGGACAAAACCAUGAUGAGCUCCACGUAACAAAUAUCGAAAAAUAAUAAGAAAAACAAACUAACUAGUAAAAAAAAAGCCAGAGAUAAUCCUUCUUCGUCUUCUUCUUUCAUCGUUCCCCCUUCUUUCUAUUUCUGUGAAUCGGUCGAUUGGUCUUGCUUUCACCAGCACCCGAUCUGGUUCCCCUGUAAGUGUUUAACAUUUUCUAUUGAGUUGAUCUUGUAAGGGGGGGGGCCCAGUUCGUUUGUGCUGGUCGAAAUUUUUGGCACCUGGAGAUUCCGUUUCAUCCCCAAUCUGGUGUUUCUGAAUAUAUAUUUAGUGAUUGAAAUUCGCCUCCAUUUCUUGAUUUCUUGGGAUAAGCUUUCGAUUCGGCAUGUGGAGGGACCCCGGAACUCCUGCGGAUUCCUUUUAUGAAGUCCGGCCCGAAUGCACCGAUGUUCCGAAGAGUCGGUUCAAGAUCAGGGCUGGUAAAACUUUAAGUGCAAGAAAAUGGCAUGCUGCAUUUAGUCCAGAUGGUCACUUGGAUAUUUCGAAGACACUUGGCCGGAUCCAACACGGGGGUAUUCAUCCUUCAAUUAGAGGAGAAGUUUGGGAAUUUCUACUUGGUUGUUAUGAUCCUAAUAGCACCUUUGAGGAACGAGAACAGAUACGGCAACAUCGAAGGGUGCAGUAUGCCUUGUGGAAAGAAGAUUGCAGGCAGAUGGAUCCUGUUGUUGGCAGUGGAAGGAUUAUCACUGCACCCUUAAUCACUGAAGAUGGUGUACCUAUUCAAGAUCCUUUAGUGCUUUUAGAAGCAAAUCCAGAUAAAGUUCCUACUUCAACUGCAGAAAAAAAUGAAGAUGAUGUGAAGCCAGAGCCUUCUAAUGACAACACAUCACAUGAUGGUACAUUAGAUAAUGACAACACAUCACAUGAUGCUACAUUAGAUAAUGACAACACAUCACAUGAUGCUACAUUAGAUGCUGCAAGUUCAAAUGGAUCAGAAUCUGUAUCAAAGCCACCACCACCAGUAGGUGAAAUUAUUCUGGACAAGAAAAUAAUUCAAUGGAAACUCACUCUACAUCAGAUAGGUCUCGACGUGGUUCGUACUGAUAGGACAUUGGUUUUUUAUGAGAAGCAAGAAAACUUAUCAAAGCUUUGGGAUAUUCUGGCAGUUUAUGCCUGGAUAGAUAAAGAUGUUGGCUACUGUCAAGGAAUGAGUGAUCUCUGCUCUCCAAUGAUAAUGCUUCUUGAAGAUGAAGGAGAUGCAUUUUGGUGCUUUGAACGUUUGAUGCGCAGAUUGCGAGGAAAUUUCAGAUGCACGGACAGCUCCGUUGGUGUGGAAACACAAUUAAGUAAUCUAGCAUCAAUUACUCAAGUACUUGACCCAAAGCUUCAUCAACAUUUAGAGACACUAGGUGGAGGUGACUAUCUAUUUGCAUUCCGUAUGCUUAUGGUCUUAUUCCGUCGAGAGUUCUCAUUUUGCGACUCAUUGUACCUUUGGGAGAUGAUGUGGGCCCUAGAGUAUGAUCCUGAUCUAUUCUCCAUGUAUGAAGAAGCUGACUCAACAGGUGAAAAAAGUGAGGAAUCUAAAGGAAAAACAAAGGCAAUUCGCCAAUGUGGGAAGUUUGAGAGAGAGAAUCAGAGAUGUGCAGGAAAGAAUGGGGAUGCUCCUCUCCCUAUUUCACUUUUUCUUGUUGCCAGUGUUCUGAAAGAGAAAAGCGCAAAACUACAGCAGGAAGCCCGGGGUCUGGAUGAUGUUGUCAAGAUAUUGAAUGACAUAACUGGAAAUUUGGAUGCCAAAAAAGCAUGCAAUGGGGCAAUAAAGCUUCACAAAAAGUAUCUGAAAAAGGCGAAGAAGACAUAAACCUUGAAUUGAAGCAAACUUCAGAUCCUAAAACAUUUUUUUCAUCCUACUCUGGUAUAGAGAGAGCUUUUUAUGCUCUAUAUCCCGAGUUGGCAAAAGAAUAACUAAUUACAUUAAGAUAGAGGAUAAAUCUUGGCUUCGAGGAAGGCCACAGAUUGGUUCCUCCAACCAACAGAAAACUCCAGGGAAAGUAAUUGUUUUAUGUGGAAUGAGUUCUCAUUGUUUUGUAUAUCCAAAGCUCUGUUGAAUGUUGUACUAUUAUCUUGUAUUUUAUAACAUUUCUUGUAGUCUGUAAUUGUUGUUGAAGUGAAAGAGAGUUUGCCUCAGGGCCUUGAAUGAAGUUCUUCAAAUUUUUUUUUUUUUUUAUUUGAUGUCAUUUGGUUGUGAUACUUGAGAAUAUGCGCCUUCUAAGGCCCUGUUUGGCAAUGUUCUCACCUGUUCCUGUUCUCAAGGAAAUUUUUGUUCUGGAACACUUCCGAGGUCUACCUUGGUCCCAUCCUUCAAUGUUAUAGUAAUAUCUCCCCAUUCACCAAUAAAA